GAGAUGAUAAGAUAUCAGUUGUUUAGAUGAUUGCUGUCACUUUCAUGGUGGCAACUCCAUUUCCAUUUCACAUGUAGACAAUCUCCUUCACUAGUCAAACCGAUUCAAACUUGAAAGCAAUAUCAAACGCGUUUGGAUUGAUUCUCUCUCACACACUCAAAUUGAUUAAAUCAAUUCAAGAUUCAACCAUCAUCUUGUCCAAGCUACCCACGUUCUUUCAUCUCUCCUUCCAUAAAUUAUACAUUUUUAUCCAAUUUCCCCCAUUAAAGCUCAUACCUUUAAACCUGUAUUUUCAAUUUCUUGAACUCAAUUCUCAAAAAAAUCCAAUCUUUAUCCAAUUUCCCACAAAAAUUUCAUACUUUUCAGCUUGGGUUUUCAGUUUCUUGAACUCAAUUCUCAAAAAGAUCCAAUUUUUCUAAAAAAAAAAAAAAAAUCACACCUUUAAACCUGGGUUUUCAGUUUCUUGAACUCAAUUCUCAAAAAAAUCCAAUCUUUAUCCAAUUUCCCACAAAAAUUUCACACCUUUAAACCUGGGUUUUCAGUUUCUUGGACUAAAUUCUCAUAAAACCCAUCUGGGUAUCUCAAAUUCUUCCCAAAAAAUGGGUGUAUGCAUCAGCAAAAGCAAGAAUUCAUCAAGAACUGAAGUGGGUAUUACUUACAAUCACAGAUCUGAUGAGCCAAACAUUGUGUACACCAAAUCACCAGCCCCAGCAGACCAAAUUCCACCCAAGAAAUCACCACCACCACCCAGCCCCAAAAGGGUAUUCAAAUCAGACACAAUUCUUAACAAACCAUUUGAAGAUGUUAAGGAUCACUACACUAUGGGGAAAGAAUUGGGUAGGGGUCAGUUUGGUGUUACAUAUUCUUGUACACAGAAUUCAACUGGUGUUACAUAUGCUUGUAAGUCUAUAUCUAAAAAGAAGUUGAUUACAAAGAGUGAUAAGGAGGAUAUGAGGAGAGAGAUUCAAAUUAUGCAGCAUUUGAGUGGUCAAAAUAAUAUUGUUGAGUUUAAAGGGGCUUAUGAGGAUAAGCAGUCUGUGCAUUUGGUUAUGGAGGUGUGUGAAGGUGGAGAGCUUUUUGAUAGGAUUAUUGCUAAAGGUCAUUAUAGUGAGAGAGCUGCUGCUGGGAUAUGUAGAUCAAUUGUUAAUGUGGUUCAUGUGUGUCAUUUUAUGGGUGUCAUGCAUAGGGAUUUGAAGCCUGAGAAUUUCUUGCUUUCUGAUAAGACUGAGAAUGCUUUGCUUAAAGCUACUGAUUUUGGGUUGUCAGUCUUCAUUCAAGAAGGAAAAUCAUACCGGGAUAUAGUUGGAAGCGCGUAUUACGUUGCACCGGAGGUAUUAAAGCGUAAAUACGGAAAGGAAAUAGAUAUAUGGAGUGCAGGGGUAAUGCUGUACAUCUUACUCAGUGGUGUACCUCCAUUUUGGGCUGAGACCGAGAAAGGAAUAUUUGAUGAGAUUUUGAAAGGAGAGAUUGAUUUUGAAACGGAUCCCUGGCCUUCGAUUUCCGCUAGUGCCAAAGACCUUGUGCGAAGAAUGCUUACACUCGACCCAAAAAAGCGUAUAACCUCUGCUCAAGUUCUUGAGCAUCCAUGGAUUAGAGAAGAUGGAGAAGCAUCAGAUAAGCCGAUAGACAGCGCGGUUCUUUCAAGGAUGAAGCAAUUCCGAGCUAUGAAUAAACUCAAGAAACUCGCUCUCAAGGUGAUUGCUGAAAAUCUAUCAACAGAGGAAAUCCAAGGGCUGAAAUCGAUGUUUAUGAAUAUGGAUACGGAUAAAAGUGGCACAAUCACCUAUGAAGAGCUUAAAACUGGGUUGGCUAGACUCGGGUCAAAACUCACAGAAUCUGAAGUUAGACAACUUAUGGAUGCAGCGGAUGUAGAUGGAAACGGGUCGAUUGACUACAUUGAGUUCAUCACAGCAACAAUGCAUCGACACAAACUAGAACGCGAAGAAGAUUUGUAUAAAGCAUUUCAGCAUUUUGAUACAGAUGGCAGCGGGUUUAUUACAAGAGAUGAACUAGAAACAGCAAUGAAACAAUACGGAAUGGGUGAUGAGGCUACCAUCAAAGAGAUUAUAUCUGAAGUGGAUACUGAUAAUGAUGGAAAGAUAAAUUAUGAAGAGUUCUGCACCAUGAUGAGAAGUGGAACACAGGGACCAAAGCUGUUCUAAUACCGUUAAUUAUGAUUUAAAAAACCGCAGUUUCUAACCAAAGGAGAUGUUAUGAACCUCGAACAGGGUUCUGGGACGUGGUUACUAGUUUGGUUCGGUUUCUAGGGUCUUUUCGGUUGUUGUUAGGGUUUGAGCUUGUUGUAUUUUCUUGUGGAAGUGGAUCUCUGUAAAAAUAUGCACAAUUGUUCUGUAAUCAUAUUUCUAGUUUUGAGUGUUUGGCCAAAAGAUAUUGUAAGUUUGUUAUUUACAAGAAUUCAAAGUAA